GAUCUGUUCAAAGAUCUGCAGUCGAAUCAAGUCAAGGUCGUAGGGAACUAUCAUCUUGGACAAGUCAUUGGACAGGGUACCUAUGGCAAGGUCAAAUUGGCCACACACGCACUCACUGGUCAACAGGUCGCUGUCAAGAUCGUUGCAAAAUCCCACGCUGCCAUCAUCACCCGUGAGAUCUAUCAUUGGCGUUGUCUAUCUCAUCCCAAUAUUGCUCAUCUCUAUGAAGUUCUCACGACCGAAUCCAAGAUUUAUUUGGUGACAGAGUACUGUGCCAACGGUGAGUUAUUGGAGGCUUUGAUCCGUGAUGGGCGGUGUAAACCCUCUCUGGCAAAACGUUGGUUCCGUCAGAUCUGUCUAGCGAUCCAAUAUUGUCAUGCUCGCAAGAUCGUCCAUCGAGAUCUCAAGCUCGAAAACAUCCUCCUUGAUAGUCAAAAUAAUAUCAAGCUCAUCGACUUUGGCUUCACACGGGAAUGUGAAUCAAAAAAGUUGCUCGAAUCCUACUGUGGUUCUGCUGCGUACACUGCACCCGAAAUCAUUGUCGGAAAAAAAUAUUCUGGGCCAGAGGCCGACAUUUGGUCAUUAGGAGUCAUCUUGUAUACGCUUCUGGCAGGGUAUUUACCUUUUGAUGAUGAUAAUGAAGCAGUUGUACAGGACAAGAUUGUCGACCUAGAUUAUGAAAUGCCCCCAGAGCUGUUUUGUAAAGAGGCACAGGAUCUCGUCAAAGGCAUUUUGAAAGAGGAUCCCAAGGAACGACUUUCGAUCGAGCAAAUCUUGAAUCAUAGUUGG